AUUGUUUUUAAAGUGCACUUUGGUCACUGUUGGGGACUGAGGGAGAGGGGACAAAGUUCACAGGGCGCAUGUAAGGAGGAGGGGGUGAAAAGGAGGAAGGUUAAAAAAAAAAAGAAAAUUGACCUUUGAAAGCAAAACAGCAGGUGGAGAGCUAAAACCAGGCAGCUCAGGACACAUCGGGAGGAAAUACAACACUGGAAAAAUGAAGGCAUAUGUUCUUUUUAUCUGAAGAGGGACCACAAAUAUAAUGAGGCCCAACGCUGCCUGUCUGGCUGAGGUUUACGCUUGCACAUGAAAGUGUUUGUUUGCGUGGCGGCAGCGAGGUAAGCCAUCAGAGCAAUGGAAGAGAGGAUAGAGGAGAGGGCUGGGGCGGCCAAGGGGAAGCCGAGCCGUCUGACCGCACUUCAGCAGCAGCUGGUCUGGGCCCUGUUAGGAUCUGGGCUGUCCCGGGACGUCCUGGUCCAAGCCAUAGGGGAACUGGAGCGAGACAGGGCGAGUGCUGGUGCCGAGGGGGGAGAGAGGGGGGAUGGAGAGAGCUCCGAGGAAGGAGAAAUGGAUUUCCCACCGCCUAUAUUCCGAGAGCUGGAGAAGCUUUCCCCUGAGGAGACGGCCAAACUGAGGGCUGAAGUUGACCAGCUACUGCAGGAGGACCCCUGGCACGUUGCUAAAAUGGUGAAAAGCUAUAUGCAGCAGCACAACCUCCCACAGAGAGAGGUGGUGGAGUCCACAGGACUCAACCAGUCCCAUCUCUCCCAGCACCUCAACAAAGGCACGCCCAUGAAGAACCAGAAGAGAGCCGCUCUGUACACCUGGUAUGUCAAGAAGCAGUGCGAGAUCAGUCAGCAAUUCACCAACGCCAAACAUGGCCUUGCAUCUGCGGAGGAGCAAGGAGAGGAGACCAAGAAAGGACGGAGGAACAGGUUCAAAUGGGGUCCCGCAUCUCUGCAGAUCCUUUUCCACGCCUAUGACCGGCAGAAGAACCCCAGCAAGGAGGAAAGAGAGGGGUUAGUGGAGGACUGUAACAGGGCAGAGUGUCAUCAGAGAGGGGUGUCUCCCUCCCAGCUUGCCGGCCUGGGCUCCAACCUGGUUACAGAAGUCCGGGUGUACAACUGGUUCGCCAACCGACGCAAAGAGGAGGCCUUCCGUCACAAACUGGCUCUUGACACACCUUAUUCCAACCAAUCUGCCUCCUCUUCUCACCCCAACCUCCCACCAAGUCCAGAACACGGUGUGAAAUACAGCCACCAAAUUCUGUGUGAUGCCGUGAGCUCAGCCAGAGGUAGCGCAGGGGAGAGAGUGGGACGUCUGGUGGUCAGUCCUAUCCAACUGGAGCCCAGCCACACACUCCUCGAGACACAUAACCCCAAGCUGGUGUCCAGCGGUGGCCCACUGCCCCCAGUAAGCACUCUGACCUCCCUGCACAGUCUGUCCGCCUCCUCUGCUUCCUCACAGGGCCUCAUCAUGGCAUCACUCCCCAGCGUCAUGAGCCUGGGGGAGUCCUCACUUCUCAUCGGUUUAGCCUCCACACAGCCUCAGACUGUGCCUGUCAUCAACAAUGUAGCCGGCGGUUUCACCACCCUCCAGCCAAUCUCAUUCCAGCAGCAGCUUCACGCCUCUACCCAGCAGCCAAUAUCACACCAGCUCCAGAGUCACAUUGGGGCCAAUCCCUUCAUGGCAACCAUGGCGCAGCUGCCAUGUCACAUGUACAACAAGUCGGAUUCGCCUCAGUAUCAUUCGUCCAGUCUGCUGUCUCAGGCCAUGGUCAUCGCUGACAGCGGCAGCAGCCUGGGGACGCUGACCAGCCUCACUGCUGUCAGACAGAUUCUAACAGUGGAUCCUGAGGAACAGACGGACCCGCCUUUACAAGAAGAAUCUCUGCACCUGCAGCCGCAAACACCUGUGCCAGCUUCCUCUGAGAGCCUGGAGCUGUAUCCUGACUCUCAGACAACAGAAAGUCAUCAGUCUCACCUGCUCUCACCUUCACCAACAGACAUCAGCUCCUACAUCCCUACACAAAUGGUCUCUACUGCACAGUAAAGGUGCUCUGGGAACACUGUGUCUCCUCACUAUCAGCUGGUCGCAGGGCGUUGUGGAUGGACAGCUA